AUGGCCGCGACAGCAGACCCCACCCAGCGGCGGCGGCGGCGGCGGCGCGGCGGCGGGCCUCUGCCGGCCGUGGACCUCCGCAGACACCUGUGCACAGCCGCGGCUGCGGUGCUGCUGCUAGCCCAGCUGGCAACGGCAGCUUGUGAGUCAGGGCGCAGAAAGACGGCCACUGCUCCAAGGGCAGAGGACGAGCCGUUCUGCCUGCAGGAGUGCAUCAGCGGAGAAAUGUCAGCCGAGGGCUUCGACGCCACCUGGGUAGGAGAAAGCAAGCUGUUCCACGCAAAGGAUGGCCAGAUGGUUGUCACGGACAUCAACACCAACGAAAGCACGGUCGUGGUGCCCACAGAGAUUCUGCAGCAGUACCAGCCAGAGCUGAUGUCGCUGUCUGCUGACGAGCGGUACGUGCUCCUGGGCUACAACGUGAGAAAGGUAUACCGUCACUCCUCAGAGGCCAAUUAUACCAUCUACAGCGUUCAGGAAAACACUACGUACGAAAUCUGUGAGGACGGCAUGCAGCUAGCCAAAUGGGCGCCGGUGGGCAACGCGAUGGCGUUCGUCUACCAGAACAACCUCUUCUACCUGCGUCAGCCGGGAGACAAGCCGACGGCGAUCACAGCGGACGGCGUGCCGGGAACAGUCUACAACGGCGCCGCGGACUGGGUGUACGAAGAGGAGGUGCUAGCCUCGGACUCGGCGCUGUGGUGGUCUCCAGACGGAUCGCGGGUGGCGUUCGCCCACUUUGACGACUCCAGGGUGCACAACGCCAGCUACAUGCACUACGGCCACCCGGGCAGGAUGGAGGACCAGUACUCGCAGGUCGUCACCCUCCGCUACCCCAAGGCUGGCACGACAAACCCGACGGUCCAGCUGAAAGUGGCCGUGGUCGACGGUGGGACGACCAGGGCAAGAAUGCGCAGUGGCAAGGGAAACCGCACAAGUGCGCAAGCGCGGGUUCGGGCGGGCACCAUCAUGGUACUACCCGCUCCCACCGACGUCGUAUCAGAGGACCACAUCCUUUACGCUGUCACCUGGGCGAGCCCUGACACACUGCUGGCUUCGUGGGCAAACCGUGUGGGCAACGUAGUGCAGUUCGUAAGCUACAACACAAGCUCUGGCGUCAUAUAUAGGGGCCUCAAGGAGACACGCCCAGACGGCUGGAUCGAGGUGACGCCGGCUCACUUCAGAGCGGGCAAUGAGAGCUCGUUCGUGACGAUAGCCUGGGAGGAACAGCCAGACGACGGCGAAGAGGCCAGCUUCCCACAGGUGGUGGCAGUCACUAACGGCAACAAGAAGCCCCUUACCUCGGGCCGCUUCACCGUCACCCAGAUCUACGGCUGGGAUCCCAAAGGAUACGUAUGGUUCCAGGCGACGGAGGCGCUGGAGCCGACGGCGGCGGCGGCAUCCCCCAGCCCGUCCCGCCGGCAGGUGCUCGCCGUGAAGGAGGGCGCCGCCGCCGAGUGCGUCAGCUGCCGGCUGACCACCGCCGAGGGCCAGCCCUGCCGCUACGCGUCCGCCUCCUUCAGCACCGACUACAGCUGGAUGGCGCUCUCCUGCUCGGGGCCCAUGGACCCUCCACUCGUCACCCUCUUCACCACGGCCGACCAGCUGGAAAGGGCGAGGAGCACCAGGGCCAGGCAGCUGGUGUGGACGGACAACGCGGACCUGCGCCAGAAGCUGGCGUCCAAGGCGAAGCCGCAGGUGGUGGACACGUGGGUGGAGGUGGCCGGCGGCGCCAAGGCGCAGGUGCGGAUGCUGCUGCCGCCAGACAUGGACACGUCCGGCGCGGAGCAGCGGCCCGCGCUCGUGCAUGUGUACGCCGGUCCAGGAUCACAGCAGAUCAGCGACUCGUUUACGAUUGGCUUCCAGCAUUACAUGGUCACUUAUCGGCGGUACAUAUACAUCUACAUAGACGGCCGCGGAUCCAACUGCAAGGGCGACCAUAUCCUCUUCUCCGUCAACCGCCAUCUCGGCGACCUAGAAAUCCAGGACCAGAUCAACGUCACCAGGCAACUGAAGCAGAAGUACCCGUACAUUGACGGAUCGCGCACAGCUAUCUGGGGCUGGAGCUACGGCGGCUACGCCACUGCCAUGACGCUGGCGAAGGACAACGACAGUGCCUUCAGGUGCGGCGUCUCCGUAGCCCCCGUCAGCAGCUGGAUAUACUACGACUCCAUCUACACGGAGCGCUACAUGGGGCUGCCCACGCUGCAGGACAACGAGGCGGGCUACAACGGCAGCGACGUGACGCGCCUCGCGGGGCAGUUCACCAACAAGACGUACUUCCUGAUCCACGGCACGGCGGACGACAACGUCCACUACCAGCACUCCAUGAUGCUGGCGCGAGCCCUCGAGGACGCGGGCGUUCUCUUCAGGCAGCAGAGCUACCCCGACCAGGACCACAGCAUGGGAAGCCUGGUUGAGCACCUGUAUUCUUCCCUGGACGAGUUCCUGCUACAGUGCUUCAGCGAGGACAGCCAGUCCAUCUCUUCAGCGACUCGGAUCAGUGGUGGUCUGCUGGCCGCGAGGAAGUACGUACUGUAGGGGGCGCGUCAGCACCGGUCCAGCUGCUGACAGUGCUGCCAACUGCAGAAGGCGCCACGCGAGAGCAGCGAUACAACAACAAUCUUUGAACCAUUUAUAGAAAUCUUAAAAUUACAAUUAUUUUUGUAUCUAAAUGAAGUCACAAACUUUUAUUUCCAGGUGUAUAGUCCCAAAGCAAGAAGGUAUAUAAAGUAUCCGAAGUUUCUACGUUUUUGAUGGUUUUGGUGCCUUUCUAAGAGUCUGUAUAAUUUUGAAGAAAGUUUUGUAGUCCUCCAUACAUAAAAUUAGUCUCGCAUGUGAUUGAGUUUGAUACAAUAGCGUACUUGAUGGCAGCUGAUGAACUGUGUCCUAUCUCAGAGCUUGCAUUAAUUCAAAACUAAAGUGUUACAACAAAUCCACCGUUAAACUGUACACAUACUAUAUAACAGUCAAUCCUAUUCAUCAUUUGUAACCUCUAGCGUAAAACUGUGCCAAAGCUAUGCAGUUAGUCCGCGUUUAAAAUGCAAUCCCAUACUAUUGUUUCUCGAUCUCAUGAUAUGCUAUCAUUAAGAGCUCAUUACUGAAAGACCAACAUGAAAUAAUUUCAGUACAGUUCUUUUCCCAAGCAAUGUUCGUCACUAGUGCUAAUUUUGAAUAUGUAAUGCCCACCAUGGGGCUUGUAAAAUUAAACAAUAAUAAAUAUUGUUUAUAUGAAGUUUCCCAGCCACACCAGUUCCUACGUAACAUUUCGUUAUUCACAUGUCCAAAGAAAAUUGUAGUUGCGCACUAACACUAGAGAUGCAUCAAAAGUCAGUAAAAAUGAGAAAACUUAGGGGGAAACGGAAUUUUAGUCAUUCCUUCACUCAUAAAAAUGGUCAUUGUGUACUUCAUGUACUUACAUUGAAUAGAUUGUGUAGUUACUUGAUAUUAGUUUAUGGCUGUAAAAGCUUUGGCUAGUAUUUUCAGACGAGUUUAAGAAAUAUGUAUAAAUACAUAUGUUUGUGAUAUAAUUUUACUGUUUUAUUUU